AUGAAAGAUCUCCGAAGGUACCUGGUAUUCAAAUAUAUCCAGUAUCUAGUCUUGCCUUCUACAAACAUCAUUGUCACUCUGCUGGGAAUAUUUGCCAGUCUAUAUGUCACACUGAUAUUGAUGUCACCUUCUGUAUCCAAAAAACCCACUGUGGUGUUCAUUUGUAACAUAGCUCAGGCAGAUGUCUUAGUCGGAUACAGAAUCUUUUCUGUUAUAUUUCAACAUGUGAUAAAGAGUGAAAUAUUAUCAUCUUCAUUUCAAUCAACCUUGAGUCAGAAUUUCCAGAUUGCAAAUGUACAUGUCAGUUCCCUUUUACUCAGUUGCAUCAGCCUUGAGGCUUUUCUCAUCACUUUCUUUCCAGUAGAAACACGCCACAUAAGGACUGUUGGAUGUGCCAGGGUGGCUUCUAAGAUCAUCUGGAUUGCUGUCAUUAUGGAAUGCUUCCUUUAUUAGCUGGAGUGUUUCAAGGACCUUAGCAUUUCUACUCUUGGCAGUCGCAGACAAGUUUUGCUGUUGCUAAAUAUCUGUUAUGAAGCCAUAAAACUGCUGAAAUCUCUUAUUUACCCAAUUGGACUACUUUUAAGAAUUUCCAAUGUGUAUCUCUUUUAUAAAAUGUAUUUCAGAAUAUUGCCUUGA